UAUUAUUAUCAUUAUUAUUUACAGCUAUCAGGUAUAGCCAUAAUAGCAGCCGGUGCAUACGUUCUUAAAGAUGUCGAUAAUUUCAGUAAUUUUGUUGAAAAUUCAACAUUGGCACCACCGGUUAUAUUAACAAUUGCUGGAAUAAUUAUUUUUCUCAUCGCUUUUCUCGGAUGCUGCGGCGCCAUUAAGGAAAAUUACAACAUGUUGAUGGCGGUUGGGUUAAAAGUUUAUUUGUGGGCGUUGGAAAUAGCCGUGGGAAUAGCCGCUGCAGUCAAUAAAGAAUCAUUUAAGGAUCAAUUAAGAAAAGCAAUGAAAGCAUCCAAAGAUAAUUAUGACGUCACAACGGCAGAAGAUCGUAAAGUUUGGGCACAACUACAGAGUAAAGUAAGGGAAUUCACGGGGGUCGAUGGACCAAACGAUUGGGUCAUGGGUGGUUUGUAUCCAGAAUCAUGUUGCAAAACAUCUCAACCCUCCUCACCUGACAGAUUAUGCGGUCCCUCGAAGGAAUACGUUUACAAAGAUGGAUGUUUUAACAAAUUGAGUAAAAGGUUAACGGAAGGUUCGUUAAUAGUUAUGGGAGUCGGAAUAGGUAUUGCUCUCAUCGAGCUUGCUGGUAUCGUUUUGGCAUGUUUAUUGGCACAAGCAAUUAAAAAAGAAACGGAAGAAGAAGAAAAAGAAUAA